CAAUUUUACAACCAAAUUUGGAAUAGACAACGAACUAUUAGAAUAGACCAGAAGCAUCCUAUUCCUAACUUCCCAGCUUUCAACUUUGAACUGCCACUUUAACACCACCCAUUAUAAUCAACCAACCCAUCAAAUCAAAAACAUUUUAAAUUUAAUCUCAGCAACUCAAAAUAUGUCAGUCUCAUGUGGGUUCGAGUAUGUCGUAGUUUUCGGAUGCGUGAGAUGGGCAUGGAAACGCUGCACUUACGUGGGCUCAGACGACAGUGAGUCAUGGCCAUUAGCCACCCCAGAAGAAUUCGAACCAGUCCCAAGAAUCUGCAGUCUAAUCCUCGCAGUUUACGAAUCAGACAUCGAAAAUCCUCAGUACUCACCAAAUCUCGAUCCAAACUCCUUUGUCAAACGUGUCACUUACCAGCAAACUCAGGGCCGUUCACCUCCUUACAUAAUCUACGUCGACCAUGAAUUCAAAGAGAUAGUUCUGGCCAUCCGUGGCUUGAAUUUGGCCAAAGAGAGUGACUAUAAAACGUUGCUGGAUAACAAACUGGGCCGCCAGAUGUUUGAUGGAGGUUAUGUUCAUCAUGGUCUGUUGAAAUCUGCUGUGUGGCUUUUGAAUGAGGAGAGUGAGACGCUGAAGAAUUUGUGGAUUGAGAAUGGGAGAGAGUAUAGUUUGGUUUUUGCUGGACAUUCUUUAGGGUCUGGAGUGGCAUCUUUGCUGACUAUUAUUGUGGUGAAUCAUAGAGAUCGGUUGGGUGGUAUUCCUAAGGAGAAAAUUAGGUGUUAUGCUGUGGCUCCGGCUAGAUGUAUGUCACUUAACUUGGCUGUUAAGUAUGCUGAUGUUAUUAAUUCCAUUAUUUUGCAGGAUGAUUUCUUACCAAGAACACCUACUCCAUUGGAGGACAUAUUUAAGUCAAUCUUCUGCUUGCCCUGCUUGUUAUUUUUGGUUUGCUUGAGGGACACCUUCGUACCAGAAGGAAGGAAGCUUAGAGAUCCAAGAAGACUCUAUGCACCUGGACGAAUGUAUCACAUUGUAGAGAGAAAGUUUUGCAGGUGUGGGAGAUUCCCGCCAGAGGUGAGAACUGCUAUUCCUGUAGAUGGAAGGUUUGAACACAUAUUGUUAUCAUGCAACACGACAUCGGAUCAUGCAAUCCUUUGGAUAAAAAGAGAGUCGGAGAAGGCCGUUCAGAUAAUGAAGGAAAGCCAUGACUCUACCAUGACAACACCUCCGAAAGUGCCGAGAUUCGAGAGAAAGCAGACUCAUGAAAAUGAACAUAAGGCUGCAUUACAAAGAGCUGUCACUUUGAACAUCCCCCAUGCUGAAGAAUCACAGGCAGGGCCUUCCUACGAUGAAGAAGGAAGCGAAUGUGCUUCGGAAACUAAAUCACGACCAAUUAGUGCACGGACAAACUGGAAUCAACUGGUUGAUCAACUGUUAACCGAGUCCAAGAAUAUUAAAACUGCUUCAAAAGCAGGGAGAGAAAUGGAGUAAAAAGUGGAGGUUAAAUCAGCUCAAACCAGGUGAAUUAUUUAAUGGAGUUGGGUUUCAACAAAGAUUUCUUGCUCCCUUGUCCUGAAUCCUUAUCAUCGCAGUUCUCUUCAUUCUUUUCCAGUUUUUUUCCUCUUAUUUUGAUUCAUGAAUUUUGAGUUUUUUUUGUAUGCCUAAGUUUUGAGCUUAAAUUUGCUUCAAUUAUGAGAAGAAAAUGUAGCUUUGUUGUCUGUUGUUUCUUUGCAACUGAGCGCACAUUGGAUGAAUUGUUUACUGUU